UUGCCACAGCCUGUCGUGACCCUGGUGUUCCUAUGAAUGGCAGUCGGAAUGGAGAUGGGAGAGAACCUGAUGACACUGUCACUUUUCAGUGUGACCCUGGCUAUGAGCUCCAGGGAGAGAUGAAAAUUACCUGCAUUCAGGUGGAAAAUAGAUAUUACUGGCAGCCCAGUCCUCCUGUUUGCAUAGCACCAUGUGGAGGGAAUUUGACUGGAUCCUCAGGCUUUAUUCUUUCUCCAAACUUCCCACACCCAUAUCCGCAUAGCAAAGACUGUGACUGGACAAUCACUGUAAACUCAGACUAUGUUUUAUCACUCGCAUUUAUCAGUUUCAGCAUUGAACCCAACUAUGAUUUCCUCUAUAUUUACGAUGGACCCGACAGCAACAGUCAACUAAUUGGUAGCUUUCAAGACAGCAAGCUGCCAGAAAGAAUUGAAAGCAGUUCAAACUCAAUGCACUUAGCAUUUCGAAGUGAUGGGUCUGUUAGCUAUACAGGUUUUCAUCUAGAAUAUAAAGUAUUUGUGGAUGAUUGA